AUGAAAACUCAUGAGUAUCAAGUUCAAAUUGAUUUAUGGGUUAUUUUAAAGGGUCCUUUUCUUAUUAAUUGUGAUGUCGCAAAUAUCAGUUAAGAUACUAAGAAGAUAUUUAUGAAUUCAGAGGUUAUUGUUGUUAAAUAAGUAACAAUACUUAACUACAUUACGGGAGAAUUGGGUAUAUAAGCUACUAGAGAAAGAAGAAAUGUUGAUAUGUUAUCUAUGAACUGCUUAAGUUGCUGA